AUGACUCCACUUUCUAUCAAUGAGGGUACCACGACCGCCCUUGACCAUGAGCUCACCACCAUGCAGCAACACCGCAGUGGUAGUUCCAGCGAUGAAGAAGGUCAACCUCCACCGCGUUACACCCCUGAAAGUGAUCCGUUCCAGCUUGCCUCGAAAUUGAAGACCGAGGAUGAGAUUCGGCAGAUGAAAGCCAAUACCUCCCGGAAACGGGAUUCCACUUCAAACAAAGGCCGGAGAAUGGGAUCCAUAGUGCAAGACACUGCCCGUAUUGGAAAGCAGGCUUUUGUCACCAAGAAGCUGCAGGGAUUCUACGAGUCCCAAAAUGAAAACAUUGAGCGUAUGCUGAAACCCGUCGAGGAGCACCGACGUGCCGCCCGCGAGUUGAGCGUGGACAACCGUCUCAAGUACCGUAUCGCGGUUUACGGUAGUUUUGCCGCAAACAUCAUUCUUUCGAUCAUCCAGGUGUACGGUGCCGUGUCUUCCGGGUCACUCUCUUUGUUCACCACAAUGGCCGACGCCGUAUUUGACCCCAUGUCCAACCUGACCCUCCUGCUGUGUAACAAGGCCGUCAACCGCGUUGAUCCGCGCAAGUUCCCGGCUGGAAAGGCCCGCAUUGAAACGGCGGGCAAUAUCUGUUUCUGCUUCCUUAUGACCGCCGUCUCUUUUAUCAUCAUCGCCUUCUCCAUCCGCGAAUUGGCGAUGGGCUCCGAGGAAGAAACCCAGUCGUUCCACCUCCCCUCCGUUAUUGCUGUCGCCGUCGCCUUUGCCACUAAGUUGGGCCUUUUCCUAUACUGCUGGGCCCUACGUAACCAGGUCUCGCAGAUCCGCAUUCUGUGGGAGGAUCACCGCAACGAUCUGUUCAUCAACGGGUUCGGUAUUCUGACCUCUGUCGGUGGUAGUAAGCUGCGCUGGUGGAUCGAUCCUAUGGGUGCUAUUCUUCUGUCCGUGCUGGUCAGUGUGUUGUGGCUGCACUCCGCAUAUGGCGAGUUCCAGUUGCUCGUCGGUGUCACUGCCGACACUAAGAUGCAGCAGCUUAUCACAUAUAUCUCCAUGACCCACUCCCCUGUCAUCACUGCCAUCGACACUGUCCGUGCAUACACCUCUGGCCCUCGCCUGUUGGUCGAGGUGGAUGUCGUUAUGGACGCCGAGGCGUCUCUGCGUGCCACCCACGAUGUUGCCGAAGAGCUCCAGAUUAAGCUCGAGUCGCUUCCCGACGUUGAGCGUGCUUAUGUGCAUGUUGACUACGAGACCACCCACAAGCCUGAGCAUUCCCUGAAAAAGGAGCUCUAG